AUGGUAAACAAUAUCCACCAGAAGCCCCAGGCAGACGAAGGCGCUAUUCUACGAGUUCACUCACCUGGGCCUGGUAACGACCAUGACCAGCAAAAUAACCGCAGCAAACCGCACGCCUACAUAGAAACAGUUAAUGGAGUCUGCCACGCCAAAGUGGCGAGACAAGAAAGAGGGAGUCAAGCAAGCAUGUCCUUUCGCUGGUAUUAUCCAGAUCAAGUUUGA